AUGUCGAGCUCGAGUGCGAACGAAGCGCGCACGCGCGAGCUUGCGGACGCUUUCGGAGCUAAGUUUGACGUGCAGACGAUCACAGCGCGUAGCGUUCUGGAGCGACGCAACGAGCGCGAUGACGGACGACGGAUGGUUUUGGUGGACGUGCGGGCGGAGGACGAGCGCGCGGUGAGCGUGAUCGAGGGCGCAAUGAGCGUCGAGGAGUACGAGCGCGCGAGGACAACGCUGGGUGCGCACGAUUGCGUGUGCUAUUGCACGAUUGGGUAUCGUUCGGGUCAGUACGCGGAGAAGAUGUCGAAGGCGAAGAAGGCGGAUGAAGACGUCGAAUUUCUCAACCUGUACGGUUCCAUCGUGGCGUACACGCACGAGGGAGGCGAGCUCGUGGAUCCAGCGACAGGCGAGAAGACGAAACGCGUGCACACGUUCGGUAAGGAAUGGUCUUGCGUCGCGGAUGGGUACGAGGCGGUGUUCUACAAGAGUGCUCUGGUGGGCGGACUUGGUCAAAUGUUCAAGGGACUCUUUAAGAGGAAGAAAUGA